CCGGAGCCUCGCCUUCCUUUCUCCCUCUGCAGACAUACCGAGACACAAAAAAGAGAGGCGACCCCUGGACCAGCGCGAGGGGCCCACACGCACGAUGACCGAGACCACGAAAACCCACGUUAUCUUGCUAGCCUGCGGCAGCUUCAAUCCCAUCACUAAAGGGCACAUUCAGAUGUUCGAAAGAGCCAGGGAUUAUCUGCACAAGACUGGAAGGUUUAUUGUGAUUGGUGGGAUUGUCUCUCCUGUCCACGACUCCUAUGGAAAACAGGGCCUUGUGUCGAGCAGGCAUCGUCUCAUCAUGUGUCAGCUGGCAGUCCAGAAUUCCGACUGGAUCAGGGUAGACCCAUGGGAGUGCUAUCAGGACACCUGGCAGACAACCUGCAGUGUGUUGGAACAUCAUCGGGACCUCAUGAAGCGGGUGACUGGCUGCAUCCUCUCCAAUGUCAACACACCUUCCAUGACACCUGUGAUCGGACAGCCCCAGCAUGAAACCCCCCAGCCCAUUUACCAGAACAACAAUGUGCCUGCCAAGCCCACUGCAGCCAAAAUCUUGGGGAAGGUGGGCGAGAGCCUAAGCCGGAUCUGCUGUGUCCGCCCACCGGUAGAACGCUUCACCUUCGUGGAUGAGAACGCCAACCUGGGCACAGUGAUGCGGUACGAGGAGAUCGAGCUGCGGAUCUUACUGCUGUGUGGCAGUGACCUGCUGGAGUCCUUCUGCAUCCCAGGGCUCUGGAACGAGGCAGAUAUGGAGGUGAUUGUUGGAGACUUUGGAAUUGUGGUGGUGCCCCGGGAUGCAGCUGACACAGACCGAAUCAUGAACCACUCCUCAAUACUCCGCAAAUACAAAAACAACAUCAUGGUGGUGAAGGAUGACAUCAACCAUCCCAUGUCUGUUGUCAGUUCAACCAAGAGCAGGCUGGCCCUGCAGCAUGGGGAUGGCCAUGUUGUGGAUUACCUGUCCCAGCCCGUCAUCGACUACAUCCUCAAGAGCCAGCUGUAUAUCAAUGCCUCUGGCUAG